AUGGCGCCAGUCAUCGACAGCACAGCUAUACCAGGAACUGUCACUCUGGUGGAUGUAAAUCAUGACUUAGAAGCCAGACAUGCAGACCAUGGAGACCGUGAUAUUGUGCUAAUCCCUACGCCCUCGAAUGACCCAGACGACCCUCUCAACUGGAGUCCAAGAAGGAAGCUCCUAUCGACUAUUUGUGUGAGCGUCUAUACCGGGUUCGGAGGAAUUGCCUGCUCGGUUGUUUACUCAGUCCUUAGGCCGCUCUCCGAAGAAACGGGAUUACCUAUCAGUACUCUUAAUCAGGGAACUGGGUUUAUGUUCUUGUUGGCUGGUUGGGGUCUGUUAUUCUGGCAGCCCUUUGCUAUGCAGUAUGGCAAGCGGCCGACUUACUUGUUGUCCAUGAUGGGAAUUUUGGCUAUGACGAUGUGGGGACCAUAUGCAAAGACGACCGGUCAAUGGCUCGCACGAUGUAUUCUAUUAGGUUUCUUCACGGCGCCCGUGGAAGCGCUCCCUCAAAUAUCUGUCACCGAUGUGUACUUCACUCACCAGCGAGGAACAUACAUGGGACUAUACGCAUUCUGUCUAGCAGGAAGUAAUUACAUCGCGCCUGUCAUCUGCGGCUUCAUCGCCCAGUACCACGGCUGGCGGUGGGUGUUUUACUACCCAAGUAUCUUUGUCGGCUGUGCAACCGUCUUCCUCUUCUUUUUCUGCGAGGAAACUACCUAUUCUCGAGCGAACGUCGACGAGAUGGGCAAUUUUGCACACACACAGUUGCCCAAACUCAGCUCAGACGGCGAGAAGAAAUCUACAGCCGCUGACACCGAGCCUGCUGAGACCGGUACAGUUUACACUAAGAAGUCAUAUAUAAGUAAAUUAGCACUCUGGAGUCCAAGAAAGGAUACCAAUACGAUGUUCCGUCGAUUUUGGCAGUCUCUUUACUUCCUCUCGUGGCCGGUCAUCUUCUAUGCUGGCUUCUCUUAUGGAUCCUACCUGGUUUACUUUAACAUUAUGAAUGGAACGACUUCUAUCAUUCUUGGCGGAGAUCCAUAUAACUUCGGAUCUUCUAUGGUCGGUCUGUGUUAUCUAGCUCCCAUUACUGGUGUGGUGAUAGGAUCCCUCUUCACUGGCCGAUUCAGCGACUGGCUCACCGUCAAACUAGCCCGUCGAAACGGCGGCAUCAUGGAGGCAGAGCACCGGCUCUGGCCCUUUAUGGUUUGUUUCAUACUUGUACCCUGUUCCCUUAUUCUAUGGGGUGUCGGCGCUGCUCACGAGAUCCACUGGUUUGGGCUCCUCGUGGCCAUUUCCAUGCUUGGUUUCAGCAAUGCCUGUGGUAUCUCGCUUAGCGUCAAUUAUUUUAUUGACAGCUACCGUGAACUGAGCAGUGUUGCGCUGGUUAGUGUGAUGCUGGUCCGGAAUACCAUGUCUUUCGCCAUUAGUUUUGGUAUCACACCUUGGGUUAAAGACUUGGGGUACCAGAAAUGUUUUAUUUCUGCUGCCUUUGUUGGUAUGGCAUGUUCUUCGGUAUUCCUCUUUAUGAUUAAAUUUGGAAAGACCUUCCGUGAACGAUCUCGUGAGAAGUACUGGAAGUUGGUCCAGGAGAAUUGGGAUAAGGGAAUGUUCAAUUAG